AUGAGGCUGUCGGAGGCUGUCGCCUCAAUUGUUCUCUCUUUGGCUUUGGUUACUUUCCUAACAUUGGCAUGGAAGGCACUGAACUUGUUCUGGUUAAGGCCUAAGCAGAUAGAGAGGUGCUUGAGAGAGCAAGGUUUUAAAGGAAAUUCGUACCGAUUCUUGUAUGGAGACACCAAAGAGUUCAUCUCGGCGAUUAAAGAAGCAAGAUCCAAACCUUUAGAGGCUUGCAACGACGAUGUCGUGCGGCGUGUCAUGGCGUUCCACCGAUAUUUUGUCGAUCUUCACGGGAUGAAUUACUUCACUUGGUUGGGGCCAACACCAAGAUUAAACAUUAUGGCUAUGUUUGUACAGUCGAAAGCUCAAGGCAAGGAAUCGACGGAAGCCGCUCAAUGGCGAUCUACAAUCGACUCGAUUUCGUGCGAUGACUAA